AUGCAUGCGCAUUGGGCAACUUAUUUUGGUGCUUUUCAUUAUGUCAUCAAGCACAAAGCAGGUACUUGUAACACGGCUGCAGAUGUUUUGAGCAAGAGAGCAGCAUUGUUGAUUAUAAUUAAGCAAGAGAUUGUGGGGUUUGAAUUUCUUAAAGAUCUUUAUGCUUCUGAUGAAGACUUUACUGACGUAUGGGCUAAGAUUGAAACUAAACAGCCUACCGACGAUUUCUUAGUUCAUGACAGGUAUCUUUUCAAAGAAAAUAGGCUAUGCAUUCCUCGGCCUUCCCUCAGAGAAAACUUAAUCCAAGAAGUCCAUGGUGGAGGUUUGAGUGGACACUUGGGCCAUGAUAAAACUAUUGCGGAUUUGGAGGCUCAUUUCUAUUGGCCAUAG